AUGUCCUUCAAUAACCUUGCCUUCAAUGUUUCAAAGUCAACCCCCACAACUUCCACCAGCAAUACCAACACUACAUUUUCUAAGGCAACUAUUUCGUCAUCCAAGGGUAAUUUUACCGAUUCCCCAACUCUACAAUCGUCCUCCUCGGCUGACAGUAAAAGGGAAUUUGCAGGACAUCUGGCACCGAUUGAAGAAUCGGAAAGCCUACACAAACAGCCAUUCACCAAACAUCCUCAAUCACAAGCUGCAACCUCCCAUAAUGAACAGGACAGCCACAAUAUUGACCAUGUAUCAUUUAAGGCAUCUCCAUCGAGUUCAAAAUUAGGUCUCAGCCCCACUCUUACUGCACCAGCUGUAGUCACCAUUGAUAACGAGGCAAAAAAUGUCAAGACUAAUGGGAAUUCGAAAACAGAUUUGAUUGGGUUGUUCGACAAGUUCGACAUCAAAGGUGAACGAAUUGUUCAUCGUGGUAACGCGGACAAAUCUAAAGCUUCGGAUGACUUGAUCAGUUUGGAUGGAGAAGAGGUCGCUUCAGAAAAACAAACAAUUGAGGAAGAGCAGGACACGGAGCACAAACUCGAGAAAAUGGAGCUGGGUGAUGGUGACGCUACUAAGGAGACAUCUUUCCUCACUGAAAAGGAUAACGAAAAGCGGAAACUAACUGUGGAAAAGAUAAAUAACACUGCCCAUUUAUUGAUGACCAUACAACCUUAUUUCCCUCCCGAGGAAUCGACACUGUCGAUAGCUUCAAACACUGAGGAUAUUGAACAAGAACAAAGACUGAAGUUUCCUCAACUGCCUAGUAAAGAGAAAACCAGUACAACUACUGAUCAUGCCACAAAAAUAAGUGACGAAGAUAAGGCGCUAGUUCAACCAAAACCAGACAAUGAAGCACAGGUAGAUAGACUGGCCCUUAAUGAUCGAUUAUCGGAUAUAGCACCAAGCCACACGGAAGUACAGGAUGGCGAACACCAUUCUAAUGUUGAGUCUCGCGACGAUCAAUUAGCUCAAUUUGAAGGAAGUAGUUUUGACAAUAACAAAACAGCCAGUGAGACCGCCCUGUAUACAUCUUCGACAUCGCAACCCUCAGUUGCAACAUCGCCGUCUAAGACGCCGUUGGCUGAUAUUACUGGAAAUGAAACUGAAUGUAAGGGAAUUGAUGACAUAAAGAUUGACACUAAGGACCUAGGCUCAUCGCAGCCAGAGAGUCCUGUGGGAAAGACUCAUUUAAAUAUAAAAUACAAGGUAAACCCAACAGAACAACACCAAGAGUCUCACAAAGCUUUUGAUUUUCAGACAUUUUUACUACAGAUACGGAAGAAGUCAGCAGACCCAAUCGUUCGUUAUUUGCGAUCAUUUCUUGGUUCUUAUAUCAAGCAAGUGAACACUUUUUCUGCUGAGCAGAGAGUUUCGAUAAUUGAGGAUUUCAAGAGCUUUAUCAACGAGAAGUUUAAGCUUUAUGAACCCUUUGCUUCCAUGGAUAGUAUAGAUUUAGAAAAUUCACGGGAGGGUUUGGAAAAACUUUUAAUGAACAGACUUUAUGAUUUGUGCUUUCCCCCUGAAGUUUUAAAAAAUGUCUCACCAAUGUAUAUUCCAGGACCCUACACUGAUGAUUUAAUCCAAGAUAAAAACUUUUCAAUGCAAUUGGAAAAAUACAGCUGGAUAAAUGGAUUACAUUUUGAUAUCGACAUGACUCACUUAAGCUCGGUAAGUUUAAAGGAUGGACAAGACUUUUUGGACUAUGCAACUACCGAAUUGAACAAGAUUAACAAUUACCGUGCUCCAAGGGAUAAAAUUAUUUGCAUCUUAAAUUCUUGCAAGAUUAUUUUCAGUUAUUUAAAGAUCAGCCAUAAAGAGACCAAUGCAGACUCGUUCAUUCCUUUGUUGAUUUUGGUCAUUAUCAAGGCUAAAACCGAACAUUUAAUAAGUAAUAUCCACUAUAUUGAAAGUUUUCGAAGUAAAGAGUGGCUUUCUCACGGUGAAACCAGUUACUAUCUUUCUUCAAUAGAAGGUGCGAUUAGCUUUAUCCAAAACAUGACUAAAGAUGAUUUAACGAUUACUAACGAAGAAUAUGAGGCACAUAUGGAAGCCUGGGAGGCUCAAAAUAAGCUCAAGGAGAAGCAAGAGAGAGAAGAAAUGGAAAGACUUCAAAAAAUUGAAUUGAAGCGCCAGGAAUUACAAGAGAAACAUAAAGAAUCGGAACAGAAGCCUCCCACUCCAAAACGUAAACUAUCACAACCUCAACCACGUCAUGUUCAUGCAAGUCCUUUAGAAAAUGAUGAAUCAUCACAAGCGGGAACUAAUUUGACUCCUUCAAAUGUGCUAUUCUCAAGCGCAGAAUUAUUGACAAAGUCGAUUUCUCAGUUUUUGUCACCACUGCCGCAAAAUGCAAAUACACAAGACGCAAACACGCUGGGCAGAAGAGACGAAAGGUUUCCUCCAAUAAGUUCCCCUCCUCCUCCUGCUUUGCCUCCAAGAAAACCGCUGCGUUCAUUGCCUCGUGCAGUGAUAAACGAAAGCGACAACAAUACUCAAUACCAACCUAAGGCUCCCACAGAAGACGAAAUUGACACAGAGCAGAUGAAAGCAGCGUAUGACAUUCUUAAAGAUGUUUUUCCUACAUUGGACACUAACAUUUUAAAAGAUAUUAUCUUUUUACACAAAGGUGAUGUUGAAGUAUGUAUUGAUGCAUGUCUACCUUUGGUCGAGAAUGAGUAA